AUGAAAAAACACAUUUUGGGGGUGAAAAAAGCACAUUUUGAGGGCAAACCUCCCCUGUGUUGCAGCGUGGACAACAGUGAGUACAUGAGGAACGGGGAUUUCCUGCCCACGAGGCUCCAGGCCCAGCAGGACGCCGUGAACAUCGUGUGCCACUCCAAAACCAGGAGCAACCCCGAGAACAACGUGGGGCUCAUCACCCUGGCCAAGUACGGGGGGCUGGGGGGGUCACUGCUGGCCCUGAAGCACCGGCAGGGCAAGAACCACAAGAUGAGGAUCAUCGCCUUCGUGGGGAGCCCCGUGGAGGACAACGAGAAGGAUCUGGUGAAGCUGGCAAAGCGUCUCAAGAAGGAGAAGGUCAACGUGGACAUCAUCAAUUUUGGGGAGGAGGUGAGACUUGUGGGAUCCCUCGGGGUGAGGGGGGAUCCAGGCAGGUUUUGGAAGCUGAAACCGUGGAUCCGUGAGGUGUUGGAAGUGAAAGGGAAGGAAAGGGCCGAUCCUGGAGAAAAGAGGCAUAAACGAAAGGGAAAGAGAAAGCCCCAAGCGGGGUCGUGUGGCUGCACCCCAGCUGUGUGCCAGUGCCCUCCCUGUCUGUGCCAGGCUCUCAGGGUGUCCAUGGAGGAGCAGAGGCAGCGGCAGGGGGAGGAGGCCCGAAGGGCUGCGGCCGCCUCGGCUGCCGAGGCCGGGAUUGCGGCCACCGCCGGGGAUGAGUCGGACGAUGCCCUGCUCAAGAUGACCAUCACCCAGCAGGAGUUCGGCCGGGCGGGGCUGCCCGACCUCAGCUCCAUGACGGAGGAGGAGCAGAUCGCCUACGCCAUGCAGAUGUCCCUGCAGGGGGCUGAGUUUGCCCAGGCCGAGGCGGCCGAGGUGGACAGCUCUGCCAUGGACACCUCUGAGCCUGCCAAGGUGAGCCUGGGGGAUCCCACCCCUGUUCUAUCCCUGUCCCAUCCCUGUCCCAUCCCUAUUCCAUCCCAUGGACACCUCUGAGCCUGCCAAGGUGAGCCUGGGGGGAUCCCACCCCUAUCC